UAUAACAGAUGUAAAUAAGAAAAAUAGCAAAAGGAUAAAUCAACGCGAAUGGAUCUAAAGCGUUUUGUUUUUUAAUUAUUUUAAUUCAAUUUCGGGAAGAGAAAGUCAAAUCAAAUAUGUAAUUCGUAUUGGCCGAUGAGUCAACGUUUGUCUAAAAAUGUAUUGUUUCGACAUCCAUUAAUUCUAAUUCCUCUCAAUUCCGGCAAAUGACUGAGUCCACGGUGAACCUGGAUCUGUUUACUGCUGCUAAACAACUAGCAGACAGUGAGAUUGAACUGAUAAAAGUGAUUGAGAAUUCCACCAAGUGCCAAAGAACUGCAACAAAUAUGCUUUCAAAUGUAAAGAAAACAAAGAAACUUGGGAAAUCGAAAAAUGCACGUCCAUCAGCUGCACUAUUGGCUGCCAAGCAAGAGGCAGCAAAACGACAGCUGCUGUCAGACAAGAAAUCCAACAAUAAUUUUGUACCAGACAUAUAUCAGAAAGCAAUCGAUGCAUACAAAAUGACACGCAAGGAGACUGGUCUUGUAUUCGAUCAAAGCAUGGCUGAGCACGAGUGCAUCUGGGAUCCAAAUUAUCCCGAGUGUCCAGCUAGAUUUACACGAGUUUUGCAAAGAUGCGAGGAAUUGGGCCUGAUGCAGAGAUGUAAACUCAUUGAACCGAGAUGUGCCACAGAGAACGAGCUUUUGAGUAAGCACAGUCAAAAACAGAUUGAUAUUUUGAAGACAACAACAGACGACUCUAUGGAUUCUGAGAAUUUGGAGUUGUUGUCAUCCAAGUACGAUUGUGUCUAUAUCCAUCCGUCUACAUAUAGAUUAUCUUUAUUAGCUGUGGGCUCAACAAUCAAUUUAGUAGAAAGUGUCUGCAAAAGUGAGAUACAAAAUGGCAUGGCUAUUAUCAGACCACCUGGUCAUCAUGCAAUGAAAUCGGAAUACUGCGGUUAUUGCUUUUUCAAUAAUGUAGCUCUGGCAGUAGAGAAAGCUCUGAGUUCUGAUUUGGCAAACAGGAUUUUAAUUGUGGAUUGGGACGUUCAUCAUGGACAAGCAACGCAACAAAUGUUUUACAAUGAUCCACGCGUAGUUUACUUUUCGAUACAUCGUUAUGAACAUGGCGAAUUCUGGCCCAACUUAAGGGAAUCUGAUUUUCAUUAUAUUGGAGACGAGCUCGGAGAGGGUUACAACUUCAAUGUACCUUUAAAUAAAACCGGCAUGACUAAUGCUGAUUACAUCGCGAUCUUCCAGCAAGUUUUAUUGCCAAUGGCUUACGAAUUUCAACCGGAUUUGAUAAUAGUAUCAGCAGGUUACGAUGCGGCUCUGGGUUGUCCAGAGGGUGAAAUGCUAAUAACUCCAGCAUGUUAUUCACAUUUGCUAUCAUCGUUAUUAAGUCUGGCAAAUGGAAAAGUCGCUGUGGUAUUAGAGGGUGGUUAUUGCCUGAAAUCAUUAGCAGAAGGUGCAGCAUUGACUUUAAGAACGUUAUUAGGAGAUCCAUGUCCAGUUUUACAAACACUUGAUUUACCAUCAUUGAGUAUACGUGAUACCAUCUUAAAUGUAAUCUACUCACAUAAACCAUACUGGAAAUGUUAUCAAUAUCAAGAUACACACAGCAUUAAUAGUGUAGCACAUAGUAAAGAAGAGAUUGCUAAUCGACAUGUAGUUAUGAUGACGUUUAAAGGCAGUGAAAUUAAAUUAGAAAAGUAUGAUACUCGAAAUUGCUAUCCUAUACAAAGCAAAGAAACAUUAGAGGUCAUGGAGAAAAAAUUGAAUGAAUUGAUACAAUUAACAAAUUUGUAUAAAGCACCUCAUAAAGUAUGUAUCGUCUAUGAUGAAAAGAUGCAAAAGCAUUGCAACAUUUCUGACAAUUCUCAUCCAGAAAAACCGAAUCGCAUCUUCAGCAUUUAUAAGAAUCACGAGGAACAUGGCUUAUUACAGCGAUGUCAUUUAUUACAAGGAAGGAAUGCAACAAUAGAAGAAUUAUCCUUGAUUCAUGCAAUAGACCACAUUGAUGAUAUCAAAAGGACAUCAACUUUAAAACUCAAGGAAUUGCAAAAGCAAGCCUCAGAUUACAAUUCUGUUUAUCUUCAUUUUGACACAUGGUCAAGUGCCUGCAUAUCUGCUGGCUCUCUUUUACAAAUAGUGGACGCGGUUUUGAAUGGAGAAUGCCAAUCCGGAGUAGCCAUUGUAAGGCCGCCUGGACACCAUGCUGAAAAAGACAUUGCAUGUGGUUUUUGUAUAUUUAAUAAUGUUGCUGUGGCUGCAAUGUAUGCUAUACAGUUUUACCAUGUAAAGAGGGUGCUAAUAAUAGAUUGGGAUGUGCAUCAUGGAAAUGGAACGCAAUCUAUUUUCGAAGAAGAUCCAAAAAUCCUUUACAUCUCUGUUCAUCGUUACGAUAAUGGCAACUUCUUUCCAAAUUCUAAGCUUGCUAAUUAUACAAGCACUGGUUUAAAUGCAGGCGAAGGAUUCAACGUGAACAUACCGUGGAACAAAAAAGGAAUGGGGGAUGCUGAAUAUAUAGCAGCUUUCCAGCAAAUUGUAAUGCCUAUCGCUUAUCAAUUUAAUCCAGAACUAGUCCUGAUUUCGGCCGGAUUUGAUGCCUGCAUUGGUGAUACACUUGGAGGUUGUCUCGUAAGUCCAGAACUCUAUGGCCAUUUAACCCAUUGGCUCUCAUCCCUGGCCAAUGGUCGUAUAAUCCUAAGUCUCGAAGGAGGUUACAACAUCAACUCCAUCUCUCAUGCGAUGACUAUGUGUACAAAGGCACUCCUGGGUGAUCCUUUACCGAUGUUGGAUCCUAAUCUCAUUCCUUGCACUAGCGCGAUCAAUUCCAUCAAUAAUGUACUGAAGACUCACAAGAAGUUCUGGCCCAACCUGCAGUAUGGAAUGUCCUUACCAAAAGAGAGACUACUUUCCAAAUUUAAGACAAUUCCUAACAAACGUGAAGAGCAAGAAAAAAAUGCGGAUAAAUUGAAACAAAUAUUUAUGGAACCAAAGAUCGCCUUAGAAGGAAUUGAGAGCGAAAAACUAGACUUGAAUCUGGCGAUUGAUAAGAACUGUUUGAAUUUAGUGACGGACGAGGAAAUUUCGAAGUUAACGUGCGAAGUAGAGAAUAUUAAAAUAAAAAAUUUCGAAUUACACGCGAUGAAAAACGAAGCGGUUGAAGCGAAAAGAAAUUCUGAAUUGAAGCAGAACGAAACGAAAAAUCUGGAUGUGUCACAAAAUAUACAAAAAUGUGUGAACGAGACGCAUCAAUCAAGAGGUAACCAACAAGGAAAUUCUGACAUACACGAAGACCGCGAUGAUGAAGGAGCAGCAUCUUCACAAUCCGGAACACGACCCAUAACUCUAUCGGAAUAUCUCUCUGACAAUCUGCAGGCUCUGACGACAGGAGAAAUGUUCGCGAUCGUGCCCCUGCAGGACUGUCCACAUCUGUUCACAGUCAACGAAGUUCCUCCAGGUGGAAUUGAUGUAACUACACCGUGUGUCGAAUGUGCCAGUAUCGCAGAAAAUUGGAUUUGCUUGCAGUGCUAUACUGUGCAUUGCGCCCGCAGUAUUAAUCAGCACGCGAUGCAGCACGCAGAAGAGUUCGAGCAUCCCAUCACGCUCAGCUUUAGCGAUAUUUCUGUCUGGUGCUACGGUUGCGAAGCUUAUGUCGAUAAUCCUCGAUUAUAUGCGGCAAGAAACGCAGCUCAUCAAAGCAAGUUCAAUGAAGAACUUCCCUGGACUUAUAGCGAAAGUGCAUAA